UUUACCGACAUAAAUUAAAACUAACCUCCGCAGGUCAGUAAAUACCAACCUCCAGAAGCCUGAAUUGAAUAGCGACCAAGCUUUUUCUGGCUUAAGCUAGGAAGUCGGUUUUUGAUCGGUAUUUUAGGAAUACUGACCUUUGGAGGUCGGUAUUUCUAGGUCGGUAUUCACUGAUUUUUUAGUAGUGUCUAGUUUUAGUUUUUCAGAUAAUACAUAGAAGAUAUUUUUUCUCCCUCUCAUUUGUAUGUUCUUAGUUCUCCAAUUACUCCAUUGUUAAGAUAGAAAUAAUUUUAUCAUGGUACUAGAGCAGCAAUGGUGAAUUGCUCGUAUCCAGGAAUUGUUGGCCUAGUUUUUUUUAUUGAGAUCUAACUAGGAGAGAUUUCUAUAAUUUUCAAGCUCACAACAAUGGUGAUGAACGAAGAAAACAACAUUGGGGGAACUUCCACUGGUUUGACCACCACAAUUGAUGCCAAUCAUCCUCUAUUUCUGCAAGGAUGUGAUACAUCAGGUAGCUCUAUUAUUUCCUUUCAGCUAACUGGUCCUGAGAAUUAUGCAUUGUGGAGCAAAUCUAUAAGGAUUGGGCUCUUAGGGAAGAGCAAGAUGGGAUUAGUUGAUGGAUGACACACGAAGAACAAAUUUCCUCCCCCGCUUCACGAUUUAUAGGAGAAGGUUAAUGUUAUAGCCUAUCGUGGAUUAUGAGCUCAGUGAGCAAAUAGCUCAUUAGUUGUGUAGCAUAUGCCUCCAGUGCUUGUAUGGUAUCGAAUGAUCUGAAGGAAAGGUUUGACACAGAGAAUGGACCUAGAGUGUUUCAGUUGCACAGAGAAAUUGCAACUCAAGCACUGGGAACUUCUUCAAUUUCAAGUUACUUCACUAAACUGAAGGAUAUGUUGGUAGAAUUUGACUCAUUAGUGCCUUGUCCUGGUAGUAUAUGUCCAGAAUCGAGGAAGUAUGAUGAGCAUUACCAGUAUCAACGACUUCUACAGAUUUUGACUGGUUUGAAUAAAACAUAUUCGCAGGCAAGGAGUCAGAUCUUAAUGAUGAUUCCUAUCCCUAACAUCAAUAAGGCAUAUGCAAUGCUUGUGUCAGAGGAGAGUCAAAGGAAUUCGGGGAAAGUAGGUGAUAAUGCUGAUGGGAUAUCACUAUUCAGCAGCAACGGACCUCAACAAGGCUUCUUGGGAUUAGGAUCUUCUGGGAAGUCAGCUCCAACUAGAUCUUCUGGGCCUCUUGGACCUUAUGGAAGGGGUAAUUACAAAGGGAAAAAUGGACAUCUAUUCUGUGACUAUUGUAAAUGGAAAGGUCAUACAAGAGAGACAUGCUACAAGCUACAAGGAUUUCCUGAAGACUCCAAACCAAAGAAGAAAAACACUUAUUCACCUCAAUACUCAGCGAAUGUAAUGUUAGUCUCUGCAGGUCCUAAUCUUUUUACCUGCAGGAAUUCACAGCAAAAAGAUGUAUCCUCUUCGAGUUCAAACCACGGAGGUUACAUAAUGUUUACUCGAGAACAAUAUGAUCAGAUUCUAAAGAUGUUUCACAAAGAGGAUCUUCCCAAUGGAGUGGUGAAGGGGAUUGGUAAAGAGGUUGAUGGACUAUACAACAUUCAAAUGCCUGUAAAAGAAAAACAUAAGUCUCACACAAUGACAACAAACACAAUUACUAGUAAUGAAGAAAACAGUCUUGCAGAUAUAGAGAUCUGGCAUAGAAGACUUGGACAUAUACCUGCAAAAGUAUUAAAGCAGAUUUCUACCUUGAAGUUUCAACGUGGAUGCUCUCACAUUCAGCCUUGUAAUGUUUUCCCCUUGCAAGGCAAACUAGAUUGCCCUUUCCAAAUAGUUCAAACACAAGUAGUAAACCUUUUCACACCAUACAUGGUGAUGUUUGGGGACCAUAUAGAGUGCCUAGUUAUGAUGGUUGUUGAUUUUUUCUCACAUUAGUAGAUGAUUGUAGCUUGAUGACUUGGGUGUAUAUGUUGAAGUUGAAGAGUGAUUUCAUUGUUUUGCUGAGACAGUUUUUUGCCUUAAUAAAAACUCAAUUCAAUGCAAA